AUGUUCUCCAGACCUGCCUUGCUGCAAGGUGCCAUCACCUGCUUGGUCCUGAUGCUGGACCUGGGGCUGGUGGGGGAUGCUGGUGAGGGUGGAGGUGACUUCCUGCAUCANGGGGCAGGCUCCGGGCGGGGGCAGCUCUUCCUCCGCUCCCUCCUCUUCCUCCUGUUGGCCGGGCCCCCGUCGCGCCGCCCGGCGCUGGGGCAGCUGCGCUACGCCGUGCCGGAGGAGCUGGAGCACGGAGCCUUCGUGGCCAACCUGGGUGAGGACUUGGGACUCGAUGUGUCCACCCUGUCAGCGCGGAGGUUCCGCAUAGUGUCACGGGCCGGGGCCAGGCAGCACCUGGAGGUGAACCUGGAGAACGGGAUCCUCUUUGUGAACGAGCGCAUUGACCGGGAGGAGGUGUGCGAGGCCGGAGGGACCUGCCUGCUCCACCUGCAGCUCCUCGUCGAGAGCCCCCUGGAGCUCUACCGCGUCGAGGUGGAGGUGCUGGACAUCAACGACCACGCACCCACUUUCCCUUGGCAAGAAUACGUUCUGGAGGUGGCUGAGUCUGCCGUGCUCGGUGCCCGCUUCCCCCUGGAGAGCGCCCAGGAUCCUGACGUGGGCACCAACUCCGUGCACACCUACCGCCUCAGCCCCAAUGCUUUCUUUUCACUUGAGGUGCAGACACGCAGCGAUGCCAGCAAGUUUGCAGAGCUGGUGCUGGAGCGUGCCCUCGACCGUGAGCAGCAGCGUGUGCACCGAGUGCUGCUCACCGCUCUCGACGGCGGCGUCCCCGAGCGCUCAGGCACAGCUCACAUCCUCGUCACGGUGCUGGACGCCAACGAUAACGUGCCUGCCUUUGACCAGCCCUCCUAUGGUGUGAGCCUCCCUGAGGAUGCUCCUGCUGGCACUCUGGUCAUCCAGCUCAAUGCCACUGACCUGGAUGAGGGCCCCAAUGGGGAGAUUGAGUACUCCUUCAGUGGGCACGCACCACCACGUGUCCGGGAGCUCUUCCACGUAGAGCCCCGGAGUGGGCAGGUGCUGCUGAAGGGCCGCCUGGACUACGAGCGGGCCAGCCUCCACGAGCUCUAUGUGCAAGCCAAGGACCGUGGACCCUCAGCUGUGGCUGUGCACUGCAGGGUGCUUGUGCACCUCCUUGAUGUCAAUGACAACGCGCCAGAGGUGACCCUCACCUCUGUGUCCACGCCUGUGCUGGAGGAUGCCCCUCCGGGCACUGUGAUCGCUGUCAUCAGUGUUCUGGACAGGGACUCUGGGGACAACGGGCGUGUGAGCUGUGAGGUCAGCCCCAAUGUGCCAUUCGAGCUCCGCUCCUCCUUCCGGAACUACUACACGCUGGUCACCACGCAGGCGCUGGACCGGGAGGCCGUGCCCGAGUACAACGUGAGCAUCACGGCACGAGACAUGGGCUCUCCUGCCCUGCUGACCCGCAGCACCCUCACCAUCCCGGUAUCUGACGUGAACGACAACGCCCCGCGCUUCCUCCAGCCCUCCUACAGCGUCUAUGUGAUGGAGAACAACGCACCAGGUGCCUCCAUCUGCUCUGUCAGUGCUUUAGACCCUGACUGCCAACAGAAUGCCUACCUGUCCUACUCCAUUGCCGAUGGGCACAUCCAUGGCAUGCCUGUGGGCACCUACGUGUCCAUCAACUCCGACAGCGGGCACAUGUACGCCCUGCGCUCCCUCGACUACGAGCAGAUCCGCAGCUUCCAGAUCCAGGUGCAAGCACAGGACGCGGGGUUUCCCCCACUCAGCGCCAACGUCACUGUCCACAUCUUCGUGUUGGACCAGAAUGACAACGCUCCUGUCAUCGUUUCCCCCAUGCCCCGCAAUGGCUCCGUUGCCACCGAGCUGGUGCCGCGAUCGGCCAGGCCCGGCUACCUCGUGGGCACGGUGUCGGCAGUGGAUGCCGACGCGGGGCUGAACUCUCGCCUCUCCUACCAGCUCCUCCAGGCUACUGACUUCACUCUCUUCAGUGUGGCACCUGACACGGGUGAGCUGCGCACCCUCCGCUCCUUUCUGGAGCAGGAUGCAAGCCGGCAGCAGCUGGUGGUGCAGGUGCGGGAUGGUGGGCAGCCAGCCCUCUCUGCCACCGUGUCCCUCCUGCUUUCGGUGGUGGAGACCAUGCCCCAGACUCUCUCCGACUUCAGCGAGUUCAGCCUCCCUCCAGAGGUCUCCUCAUCUUCCCCACUCACCCUCUAUCUCCUUGUCUCCCUGGGCUCCAUCUCCUUCACCUUCCUUCUCGCCAUCCUCAUCCUCACAGCCAUUCGCUGCCGUGGAGAGCGGCGUUCCCGCCAAGAGGACAGCUGCUCGCCACCUCGCUGCCACUGCUGUCCCGGGUCCAGACCCUCCUCUGAUGGCCUGAAGACUUCCAACCUGACGGCACAGCCCCCUGCAGGGACCACGGCUGCCACCUGCCUUGAUGUGCCUGCGGGCGGCCCCCCAGGCUACUGCUACAAGGUGUGCCUUGGUCCCGAGUCUGCUCAGAGCGACUUCAUGUUCCUCAAACCCUGCAGCCCUCCCCGGAACAACGAGAAGGAUCCCGGGAAGCGGCCCCGGCCAGACCAGCAUCUCCAGGUCUCCAAAGAGGCCAAGCAGCCCAACACGGACUGGCUGCCUCCAGGCACACAGAGACCUGCCCUGAAAAGCUCCCAGAGCCUGGAAGAUGUGGGGGAAAUCCGUAGAGCCCUCCAGAAGGAGCACGAGAGGCUGUGCACACUGGUGACCCCUGUCUCUGAGUUUCAGAAGGUUUCAGCAGGCCCCAACAGCGUGUGGACACCCCACUACAGCCCCUUGUACCCAGCCCUGGAUUAUCAGCACAACGUUUACAUCCCUGGCACCCCCACUCUGCUUUCCAGCAAGGAUGGGCCCCUCUUCCCAGGCCGGGAGAACAAAAACAGCUUCUCCACCUUUGGCAAGAGGAAGAAGAUGACAACUUACUGUGACAUGCAUGACAGUGUGGUUAUCAACAACGACCUGAAAUAGCCUGGAUGCCUCUA